UUUUGUAAAACCUUCCCCCUGGUUUACCGCCCCGUAAAUAAACGUGUUGUAUCCGUAUAUUCCAUAGUAUCCAACCGCACGUGCUUUUGCUCGUCGUCUUAUCCAUAGUUUUUCCGGAAAAUGGGCGAGAGCGAUGAGAUGGAGGUAGACCCGGCCGAAGGGAGUUCGAACAAAGUGAAAAAAAAUGCGGCCAAGGGGAAAAAGGAGGUCGUCCCUCGACCGUACUUGCCGGGUAUGCCCAUGAAAAAGAACGAGGAACUAGUCUACGAUCCAUCCGCCUACCACAUGCUCCACGAAGCUCAGACCGGUGCACCUAGCCUCAGUUUUGACAUCAUACCAGACGGUGAUGGCGACAACAGGACGCAGUUUCCUCAUUCGGCGUACUUGGUGGCCGGCACUCAGGCCGACAGACCAAAUGGAAACAACUUGAUUGUUAUGAAGGUCGAGAAUUUAGUCAAAACGCACAAGAAUGAAGAUGAAUCAUCAUCGGAAAGUGAAGACGAAGAUGAAGAAGGGUUCAAAUUGGAAAAAAAUAACGAACCCUUUAUGAGGACGCAAUUGAUCAAACAUUACGGCUGUGUCAACAGGAUUAGGACAACAUUGAUAGAUGGAAAAGUAUUGGCGGGAGUUUGGUCAGAGAUGGGCAAAGUGACCGUUGUUGAUAUAAGCCCGCAGUUACAGUGCCUAGUAGAUCCUACGAAUCCGUUGAACCAGAGGAAUAAAAAAAAAGGUGUCGGAGAUCCUAUCAAGCCUUUGUACGUAUUCACUGGCCAUCGGGGAGAAGGGUACGGUAUUGACUGGUGUCCCACGCAGCAAGGUGUUCUCGCAACAGGGGAUUGUAAGGGUGGUCUCCAUAUCUGGACUCCGAGAGGAGAAGGUUGGUCGGUGAACAAGAACUCCCUCGUCGGCCACACGGAUUCUGUUGAAGAUCUUCAGUGGUCGCCGAACGAACCCUCUGUAAUUUCUUCUUGCUCUGUUGACAAAUCAAUAAGGAUAUGGGAUACAAGAGACAACCCUAACAGCGCUUGUAAGCUAGCGGUGAAUGAUGCCCAUACUUCAGAUGUAAACGUUAUAUCAUGGAACAAGAAAGAACCGUUAAUCCUUUCAGGCGGUGAUGACGGUUAUAUUCACGUUUGGGAUUUAAGGAAUUUCAAGAGUCAAAGCACCGUCGCUAGCCUGAAACACCACAAAGAUUCCAUAACAACUGUUGAAUGGAUGCCGUUGGAAGGGUCCAUCUUUGCAAGCGGUGGCGAGGAUGAUCAGAUCACCAUCUGGGAUUUGGCCGUCGAGAGGGAUGAAGCGGUGAAGGAGGAAGACGUGAAGGAUCUACCGCCACAGCUUCUGUUCAUUCACCAAGGCCAGAAGGAAAUCAAAGAAUUACACUGGCAUAAGCAAAUACCGGGGAUGAUAAUAAGUACAUCAAACACAGGAUUUAAUUUUUUCAAAACUAUAUCUGUUUGAAUUUAAUAUAUUUUAUUUUAUU